CUCACUCUCACAUUGUAGAUCAAAUUUCACUUGCCGCUGUGAAUGGAAUAAUUCAAGCUGUUUACAAUACAUUUGUGGGCGGUGAUAGUACAGCAUCAACACCCGGCACCGGUAUUGGUCAAUACCCAGCGUCUGAGAUCCCAGGUAAUGCGUGUGAUGGUGAUACAUCAACUAAGUAUUUAAGUUUUGGACCAUGUGCAAGCACCGAUGAUAGUGAUCAGUGUGGUUUGAACACUGGCUUCUAUCUUGAGUUACAACUUGGAUCAGCUGUAGUGAGGGCGUUACAAAUGUACACAGGCGGUGAUGAUUCUGAACGUGAUCCGCUAAUCGUGUCGUUAGAAGGAAGUAAUCAAUCAGGAUCAAAUCUGGCACUUGGUAGCAGUUGGACUCUUAUUUAUAAUGGCAAUAGUGGACUACAAAACGAUCCGGGCCGUAUGAGCAGCGGCUCGAUACAACCAAUAAGUAACACAAUUUCUUAUAAGAGUUAUCGAUUUCUUGUGUCUGGAAAACGAGCAACGUCAAACAGUGUCCAGUACUCUGAACUGAGAUUGUAUGGAUACUAA